UUUUACGAAGCUGACUUUACGCGUAAAUAAUAAUAUGCGGUUAAAUUGUUUUUAUACAACUACCUGUAAUAAAUCUUGUUUUUUUAUGAUAAUAUUCUGUUUAUUUUAAUAUUAAAUUUUUGGUUCACGUACCAUAUUAUUGCGUCGCAGACUAGAGUACAGUACAGACAUGUUUCUAGGGUGGCGCACAUGCGUAUGGUACUAAAUUAAUAUUCACCUCAUGUGACCAGCGAAAUUUUCCUCCCAGGUUCGCUGACAUUGAAUUCUGUUGUUGUUGGUUUCGGUUUCGGUUACCAGUUUUUCCUAAGGCGUUUACUACAAAAGUACGCUUACACUAAUUGACUGAUAAGCGAAUGCGAUGAUGCACCGCAUCUUUACCAAAAACAUCAAUAACCUCGUUCGUGUCCACGAGGCAGCGCGUGGCUCUUCUGGUUGUGAUCACAAUGCUGCAUGGUUGUACCGUAUUUAGCGUGACGGAACCAAAAAACAAAACAACGCAAUUAUGAUUUUUACAUGAUCUGCAUCCAUAGCUUAGUAGACAGUCACAUGGAAGGUUACCAAGUUCCGAUCGUAACGAAACCGAGCUAGCUAAUUAUACACUUGUUUAGUAAAGCAUUAAAGUGAACAAUUUUAUGUGGCAAGUGACUUUAGACAAAGUAAUGGAUUGGUCAUUCGUUCAACAAAGCACAAUGAUAUCGUACGAGUAUUAAAUCUGUUGGAAAGAAUCGUUGUAUUAAGUUUUUUAGUUGCUUAUUUUCAUGAGCCGCGGCUGGAUUUUGAUGAAUAGAAUGAACAGAUUAUCCUGUGGCGAUCUCGCAUUGUGGAAUACUGUUUUACUUGCCUCAAUUAUUACAUGUGUCCACCGCACUCACGCAAUCGGUGUCCGUGUUACUAGCCGCACCAACAAAGAUGGUCAGCACCACUUAAAUGUGGCGGAUGUAAGUUUUGCGGAUUUUGAAGAUUGUUUGAGUCCGGCCAAAGUCUCCUUUAGCAACGUAUUUCCGAAUCUGGAAAAUGAAAUGAUAGAAAUGGAACUGCAUGCUACACAUGUGGAUGAUAAUCUGACUUACUGGACGAAAACCACGCUGGAUACGGUAAAUUCCCGUGGGUUGGUUGAAAUGGAUUUUCAAGGGAAUCGCGAUUCAUUUGUAUUCGAUCUUAUCAAAAAGAAGGCCUUUCGUAUGUUUGGUUUUUCAGGCAAUCGAAUGUGUAGGGAAGAGCCGAUGGAAAGCACUUCCUGCAAUCCGCUGUCCUAUUUCAUUCUACAAACAGCCAACAAGACAUUGACGGAUUGCAGUUUUCGUGCAAGCACACCCGCUGCCGAUACCCUCUCCAAUCUGGAAAGGAUACGGUGGGGCUUGGCAUCAAGAAAAUGGAAACAGUGUCUACGUUUCCAACAAAACCAAAUGCAUUUUUUCUAUCUGGUGAAAUACAUUUUUCGUCCUGCAUCCUUCAGCUAUUCCAAUAGAAAAUACACACCGGUACGAAUAGAAACCACGAUGCUACAUCCAAAUAAUGGAAAAUCCGGAACAAGAAAUUUGGUGGUCUUUGAUUUCGUUUCUUUUUCAUCUCAUGCGAAGGAUCGGAUUUCUGAUUCAACCAUUCCAGCCACAAUGAAUUGUUCUAGCGGAAGCAGUUUCAAAUCUGUUUCUUCGACAUCGAUAUCGACAACGACCAAGAGGCGAACAACGUAUAGAAAAGGUUAGCGAUCCGGACGAUUGGCAAGGUGGAAUCGUUAAGUUGAACCCACACCGUCGAAUAAGCCCACAAUCAACUGUGGUUCUGGCUGUAGUCGAUGUACAGUAAUUACAACUGCCAUGUUCAACAUUUGCAGUACAAAGUAGUUAUGUGUCAGCAGUCAGCCUGUACAGGUUUUUGAUUUCCUUUACGAUAUAUUUGUAUAUUACUGUAAACUUAAUGUGCACAUUGCACGUGGUUUUGUUUAUUUUAAUUUAUUGCAUGCGCACAGUCCCUUAUCAAUUGCAAAUUGGCUUUUGCGGGAUUUUCUGGAUAACUACUGUUGAUCUAAAUACGUUUUAUGAAUUUCUGUAAACAGAAUGACACUUUAAAAUCUUUUGGUUUAUACACUCGUACGUAAUUUGUAAUAAGCCAUAAUGUAAUAUGUCAUA